GAAAGCUCUUAAAAGAACAAAUGAAAAUGAUGAUACCAGCACCCUUGAUGUGAGUGAAUCGAAACAUACUAGAAGAUGCAGUACUCCAUUAAAGUUAUGUGUAUGCUUUUUCUGUGGCCAAACUGGGGAAGAGAAGAAAGAGGUCCUUCACGAGGCCAGCACAUUUGGUCUAGAUGCAACAAUACGACGUUAUGCUCAAGAAACUGGAGACCAAUCCCUCCUUACAAAGUUGGCUGGUGGCGAUAUGAUAGCAACUGAAGGACAAUAUCAUGCAAGUUGUAAAUUGAACCUGUUCAAUAAAGUAAAAGCAUAUGAACGUGCAAAAGAUGACCAUAACAAAUCACAUACUGUUCAGCUUGGAAUUGCUUUUGCUGAGCUCAUAUCAUACAUUGAAGACAGUCGAAGUGAUGACCAAAUCAAAUAUUUUAAACUGAAUGAUUUGUUCAUCCUAUACACUGAAAGAGCAGAACAGUUAGGCGUUGAUUUUACUUUCGUUGGUAAGCCCAAUAAAACAAGGUUUAAAGAGAAAAUAUUAGACACAAUUCCUGAUAUCCAAGCACACAGGGAUGGCCGUGAUGUUCACCUCAUUUUUAAUGAUGCUGUGACUAAGGUAAUAAACAACACUUUGAACAGCUGUGAUGAUGAUGCAAUCAUACUGGCAAAAGCUGCAAGAAUUGUAAGAAGAGACAUUAAAGCAAACAGGACAUAUUCAUUUGAUGAUUCUUUCCCAGAAGGCUGUCAAAAUAAUGUUGUUCCAGACACACUUACAGCCCUUGUCAAUAUGAUAAUUGAUGGAAGUAGUAUAAAAGAAUGUACCUCAGAAUCAUCUCAAUGUUCUCUCAGUAUUGCACAGUUAUUGAUGUUCAAUUCUGUAACUCAUAAGCGACGUAACAUAGGUGGCAAUGUUAAUCGCAGAGAUAAACGAUGUGAAACCCCGAUACCCCUUUAUGUUGGAAUAUCAGUCUAUCAGAAAACUCGAAAACGAGAACUAGUUGACAAACUUUACCAACUUGGACUUUCUGUAUCCUAUAACAGGGUGCAAGAUAUCUCAGUUCAACAGAGCAAUAAAAUAUGCCAACAUUUUGAAUCCAUUGAGGCAGUUUGUCCACCACAGUUGAAAAUGAAUUUGUUUACAACAGGAGCAGUUGAUAAUCUGGACCAUAAUCAGAGUUCCACUAUAGCUACAAACUCAUUCCAUGGAACCGGUAUCUCCCUUUUCCAACAUCCUGAUGGCAUGAAUCAAGGUAUUCAACAACAAGUGACACCUAUUGCUGAAAAAACAAAAGAUCUCAAGCCACUCCCCGAGUAUUACAAGACUGUACCACCUACCGUUUUGAAGAAGGAAUCCAAUAUUCCGCAGAUUACUGGUGCCCUUAAUGUUGAGACAUAUGAUGUGAUAAAUCAGGCUUACAAUGAGGCUUUUGAGUAAGUUGCAUAUUGAAUUUUUAAGCAAAUCCAGAUUGAAUAAUACAUCUGAUUUUAGAUGCUCAGGAGAUAAGUAUGGCACUUGACUUUUACCUAAAGUUGGCAUAUAUAGAGCAAUCAAAUAUUUUAGCAUGUAUAGAAAUUAUUCCUCUUGGCAUUUAAUCAUUGCACUUUUUGAUCAUUUAGAAUAUGUGCCAUGUUUUUUUAGAUUAGCAUGUCCAGAUUAUAAUUUACUAGAUAAGUACAGUAAAACCUGUCAUAGUGAACACCUGUGUUCAGUGAACACUUUCAAGAGUCAUUUUACAUUGAUUCCUGUAUAUAAUUUGUAGGGCACAACUACCUACAGUGAACACUGUGGCUAUAUACGGCUUUUUGUGUUCACUAUAUCCAGGUUUUACUGUAAAUGAUUAUCUUUAAGGAGCUAAAAUAUUCACAUGUGUACAGACACAUAUUAUAAAUUCUCUGCAUUGUUGGAGGUG